GGCUGGUGCUGUUCCCUAAGGAACAGGGCCUAAGGGUGUUUAUGCAAGGCUCAGGAAGAUGGAGGCACAAUUGGCUUUCCUGACGUAUCUUGGGCAGCUCCAGAGGUCCCGUCUGAAACGUCAGCGGCUCUGCCUGGACUGGAGCGAGAGCCUGGCCCGAAUAGCUCAAGCCAGGGCAGCCCUCUGUGGCAUUUCAGCCACCCCAAACCUGGCAUCUGUCCCACGGCACACCCCACAAGUGGGCUGGAAUGUGCAGAUAUUGCCCGUGGGCUCGGCAUCCUUUGUCGAAGUGGUCAACCUCUGGUUUGCCGAAGGGCUGCAGUAUAGACAUGGGGACGCUGAGUGUGCCCACAAUGCCACCUGCACCCACUACACCCAGCUUGUGUGGGCCACCUCCAGCCAGCUGGGCUGUGGGAGGCAUCUAUGCUCUGUGGACCAGGCAGCCAUGGAAACCUUUGUCUGUGCCUACUCCCCUGGAGGCAACUGGGACGUAAACGGGAAGACAAUUGCUCCUUAUAAGAAAGGCUCCUGGUGUUCAUUCUGCACAGCCAGUGUCUCGGGCUGCUUCAAGGCUUGGGAUCAUGCAGGAGGCCUCUGUGAGGUCCCUAGAAACCCAUGUCGCGUGAGCUGCCGAAAUCAUGGAUACCUCAACAUUAGCACUUGUCUCUGUCACUGUCCCCCUGGCUACACAGGGAGGUACUGCCAAGUGCGGUGCAGUGUGCAGUGUGUGCAUGGCCGGUUCCGGGAGGAAGAAUGCUCCUGUAUCUGCGAUGUUGGCUAUGGAGGAGCCCAGUGUGCCACCAAGGUGUACUUCCCUUUUCACGCUUGUGACCUGAGGAUUGAUGGAGACUGCUUCAUGGUGUCUUCUGAGGCAGACACCUAUUACGGAGCCAAGAUGAAAUGUCAGGGAAAAGGUGGGGUGCUAGCCCAGAUCGAGAGCCAGAAAGUACAAGACAUCCUUGCCUUCUACCUGGGCCGCCUGGAGACCACCAAUGAGGUGACUGACAGCGACUUUGAGACCAGGAAUUUCUGGAUUGGCCUCACCUACAAGGCAUCUAAAGACUCCUUCCGCUGGACUACCGGAGAACACCAGUCCUUCACCAGUUUUGCCUUUGGGCAGCCUGACAACCAGGGCCGUCUUUAUUCUGGCUCCACAGGUUUGGAAACUGUGUGGAGAUGCAGGCAUCUGCUGCCUUCAACUGGAACGACCAACGUUGUAAAACUCGAAACCGUUAUAUAUGCCAGUUUGCUCAGAAGCACAUUUCCCUGUGGGAGCCAGGGCCCUGAGCCUGGCCAAGCAGCUCUUCUGCCAUCCCCGAGUGCAUGAGUCAGUUUGCCUGCCUGCUCACCUGUGUGAAACAAGGGCCUGACUGGGACUGAAGGCCCAACAUCUACAGAGGUCUCAGAACUUGCACAAUGCUGGACAUUGGGUAAGGGUAGCACUGAAGCCCGUGAGAAAUGAACACGGGGUCCUAAAGGAGCCUAGCAAAGGAAGAGAAAAGCCAGGGACCCUCAGCCUGCUUUUGAGUGGAAAGAUAGGUUUCCAUGGAUCCUUGAAGCAAAAACCAGAGCCAGUAGCCAGAAGAUGUUCUGCUCCAUCUGGACCAAACUCCCUUGGGCAGCUGGAAUUUCCCAGACCAGAGGCUUUACAAAGAA